CCAAAGCAGAACCCAUCCAUCUUAACUCCUCUAUUAAUACCCCUCCCACUCCUCAUCUAAGGCAAAUAGCCAUUCAUCCAUAUCUAUCCCUUUACAUACAUUUUAAGAGGAAGAGUGCUCUUCAUGAGAUUAUCUCUGGACGGUGGGUGAACAAAAGGAGAAACAAGAUUUUUGGUAGCUUUUGAUCAAAAAGUAUCUUCAUUAUGUGUAAUCCAGACACCAGCACUGCCCUUUUGACUGAUAAACCAACCCAGAAGCCGCAAACUCAUCUCUACUUGGAUCUCUUAUCAAUCUCCUCCACUAUUGGAUACCUCCAUAAUCUCAAAACAAAUCCACCUUCACCACCACCGAGAGAUAUAUACCCUUUCGUUUCAGACUUUAUCUCAGAAACUAAAUUACUCUUCAAACUCGCCUUCCCUAUAGUCCUAACCGCUCUCAUUCUCUAUUCUCGCUCCAUUCUCUCUAUGCUCUUCCUCGGUCAUCUUGGUGACCUCGAGCUUGCCGCUGGCUCUCUUGCUAUUGCCUUCGCUAACAUCACUGGUUACUCUGUUCUUUCAGGCCUAGCUCUGGGGAUGGAGCCUCUCUGCUCUCAGGCUUUUGGUGCUCAACGUCCAAAGCUCCUUUCUGUAACCCUUCAUCGCUCUGUGAUUUUCCUUCUAGUCUCAUCAAUUCCGAUUUCGCUUCUAUGGCUUAGCAUGUCCAAAAUCUUUCUAUAUCUUCACCAAGAUCCCAACAUCACACGUCUCGCUCACACUUAUUUGCUCUUCUCUCUCCCUGACCUUUUAACCAACUCUUUCGUCCACCCAAUUCGCAUUUACCUUCGCUCUCAAGGUAUUACCCACCCUUUAACUUUAGCAUCUCUCAUCGGCAGCAUUCUUCAUUUACCUAUUAACCUUUUGCUCGUCAAUCAUUUGAAGCUCGGUAUCUCAGGUGUCGCAGCCGCAGCCGCCGCCUCCAACUUCUUUGUGCUCUUGUCUUUAGUUUCUUACGUUUGGGUUUCUGGUUUGCACGAGCCAACGUGGACCAGGCCGAGCCGAGAAUGUUUCACUGGCUGGAAGCCGCUUAUCCGGCUAGCAGCGCCGAGCUGCGUAUCGGUUUGUCUGGAGUGGUGGUGGUACGAGAUCAUGAUCGUUUUGUGUGGGCUUUUAGCCAACCCCAAAUCAACGGUUGCUUCAAUGGGAAUCCUCAUACAAACGACGUCGUUGCUCUAUGUUUUCCCUAGUUCGCUCGGUUUCGCAGUGUCAACCCUGGUGGGUAACGAACUCGGGGCAAACCGUCCUCACAAGGCCAAAUUAUCCGCUGUGGUGGCGGUGUUUAUUGCAGCCAUGAUGGGCCUAACAGCUUCCGCUUUCGCAUCGGGUAUGAGGGAUAGUUGGGGCCGGAUGUUCACAAGAGAUGCGGAGAUCCUACGGCUUACAUCUGCUGCAAUGCCGAUCCUAGGGCUGUGCGAGCUAGGUAACUGUCCUCAAACAGUAGGAUGUGGGGUCCUGAGAGGCAGUGCACGCCCAUCCUACGCAGCUAACGUAAACCUCAGCGCAUUCUAUCUGGUGGGGAUGCCAGUGGCCAUUGGGCUCGGGUUUUGGCAAGGUGUUGGGCUUUGUGGGCUUUGGCUAGGGCUGUUAUCGGCUCAGGUGUGUUGUGCUGGGCUCAUGCUCUACGUUGUAGGGUCCACUCACUGGGAUUUGGAAGCUAGAAGAGCUCAAAUGCUAACGUGCAAUGGCUGUGAUAAUAGUAGGAGAUUACUAAGUGAUAAAGGCGAGGGAGAAGAAGAGCAGAGAUUAAUUUCCAUUACGGUGACUUCUCCCUGAUUUAGAACCUAAGUGCCUAAAAAUGUAGAAUUAAUUAUUACCCCUUUAGGUAUUUUUUUGCCCAUUUGGGUUAUUUUUGUGAAUUAUUGAUUUUUUUCUAUAAAUUUUUCAGAGAACUUUGUGUAAAGAA